AUGAAUAACCUUCCUUUGAUGGCUCGAUCAAUUACUUUGUAAGAUAAUUCCACAAUGAUAGAAGAAAAAUAAUAACAAAACCACCCAGGUGAUAAAAACAGUACCUAGAAGGGAGAGAUGACUCAGUAAGUUUUAACUCCAAGAAAGGGAGGUAAUGAUUUCAACAGAGGAUCUCCAUUUGUCAAAAUCAGCAUUUACAAGUAGCACCAAAUGUCUAAUUAAAAAAUAUACAUUCUUCAAGAUGAUAAAAUAAUUGGUAGCAAUCAAGUCUCGAAGAAUGAAAUCUCUAUAUUUCGUCGUAAAAAAAAUUAAAAUCAAGGAGACAAUAACAUAGAUAUAGGCCUUAAUUCAUAAGAAGCAAAUGCUGAUUAGAUUCCUUGUAAAAUUUCUACAGAAUUCGGUUUUCGUCAUUCAAGUAGAAUCACUCCACAAAUUUUAUGCUUCUUGUCAUUAAAAUAUUUCCAUGCAAAAUUUAAAUCAAUGCCUUCAAAUAUCUUCGAACAUAUUCAUUAAUUCAUCAAAGAACGACCAAUAUUUUACAUUUAGGAUUGUGGCACUGCUUUAAAAACUUUGGUUAGAAUUUAAAAAGAAAGCCCAAGAAUAAUGGAAGAAAAUAAUAGUUAUUUAAUUGGAGCAGAUUUCUAUUUUCAUGUAGUUCAAUUAAACUCAGUACCAAAGUCAAUUGAUAAUAAGAAGAAGGACUAGGAAUCUCCAAUUGAGUAUUUUUUUUAGACUCUUGUAAGAGAGAAUGAAAAAUUCGGAGCUCGAAUUCAUGGCUUGACAAAAGAGGAACAGGAAGUCUUCUAAGUAUACUUGUAAGAGUACAGAAAAUUAAAGAAAAAAGGAAGGAAACAAUAUUAACUCUUAAACACUGAUAGACCAUUUCUUAAAAUUCAAUUUGACACACCAAUGUCUAGGCAAAUCGCCAUUUUCAUAGGAAAGGCUGGAUCCGUAUAAACCUUUAAAAUUGGAAGAUCUUAGGAUUGUGACAUUAUUGUCAAUAUGAAUACUGUAUCUAGAAAAUAAACUUAAAUUAAAUUCAAUAAAAAUUAAUGGGAAAUCUGUGAUGGAGAAGGGACACGAUAAUCAGCCAAUGGAACUUGGUAAUCCUUAUAACCUUAUGGACAAACCUUAUUGGAAACUUAACCAAAAUAAAGUGUUCCUCAUCUAAUUGAAGAUAAGAUGGAAGUGAAAAUUUGUGAAAACAUUUUUAAAUUUGAGAUGAUUAAUUUUGGAGUCUCCAAAAAACGAAAAUUGACUAAUGCAUUAUACUAGGAAUUAGCUUAAUACGAAUGA